AUGUGGAGGGCCUAUGGAAAGAGCCUGAUCAAUGGGCUGGUGCCCCUCUCUGCCUCCUACCCACCUGUGAAUGGUGUGGAGAGCAUUGCAUGGGAUGUUCGUAGAAGUGCUCUGCUCUGCAUGGUGGAAGGGAACCUGGCAGAGAUCAUGGUGCUGGCUGCAAGUUCCAAGAAGUGCAAUGUAGACAGGUCUAGCAGAGACUUUGAUUCGCUCUCCAAGGAGAAUGUCUAUGAGAACAACCGCCUGGCCUUUGAGGUGGCGGAGCGGGAGCUGGGAAUCCCGGCUCUGCUGGAUCCCAAUGAUAUGGUCUCCAUGAAGGUCCCUGAUUGCCUCAGCAUCAUGACCUAUGUAUCUCAGUAUUACAACUAUUUCAACAACCCCAGCCCAGGCAGAGUCCCUCCACCUAUGAAGCGCCCAGCUGCUGCCUCUUCACCCCCUCUGCCAGCUCACAAGAAACCCGUGGCUGUGGCUGACAGCACCCCAGCACCUCAGGAUGAUGCGGCUGAAGGCCUAGCAGAGAGAUCCCAGCGCACCACACUCAGCAGCACCUGUGCUGCCUGCCAGCAGCACGUCCACCUCGUCCAACGCUAUAUGGUGGAGGGCAGGCUCUACCACCGCCUGUGCUUCAGAUGUAAGGAAUGCUCCAGCACGCUGGUCCCUGGAUCUUACCAGCCUGGGUCAGAGCCAGGCACUUUUAUAUGCACCCAGCACCAUGGCAAACUGGGCCUGAGUGGGAGAGCAGACAGUAGGCCUAGCCCAGACCUGCAGUACCCAGCCAAGAGGACUGAGGUUGGGACAGUGAGUGUCAGUGAAGAUGUGCCCCCAGCAGAAGGAGAGGCGGGAAAGGAGGACAGUGUCCCAGUGCCUGUGGCAGUUGCAUUGGAGAGCCACCCCCGAGGAGAGGAGGAGGUGGGUAGAGGGGAGAAGACCAGUGCACCUGAUGCAGUGGAGACAGCAACACCCCCUGCCCUGACAGACAACACAACGUCAAGCUCUGAGUCCCCUUCUCAAACUCCAGCCAGGCCUCCUCUCCCCAUCAAACCAUCAGUGGCCAACCAGGACAAAGCCAGCCCGCUGGACGGACGGCUCCGGGACCCUCGGCCCACCCCUGCACCGCGGAGGGCUGCAGAUGCUACAGCCCUUUCACCUCCAAACUCCCACCCCAUCCCGCGACCCAGAUCCAUCCAGAGUGAGGCCUCUGAACUGGGUCCCAGCCUAGUGAAUGGUAGCGCGCCUGAAUCUAGCCCCCCAGUCCCAAAACCAAGAGGGAGACCCACGUCCUCUGAUCGAUCAGGAGCUUCUGCAAGAACAAAGAACCCUCCGUGGAUUGCGUUAGUGCAGGCUGAACCCAAAAAGAAGCCAGCUCCACCCCCACCAGGCAGCGGCAGAGAGACCCCAAGCCGGACUUCAGAGGAGGAGGAUGGGGAAGAGGUGAAGGCAAAGGACAGCAGCAGUGGAGCUGACAGCAGCGAACCCAAACCCUAUAACCCCUUUGAGGAUGAGGAGGAAGAGGAAGAAGCUGCCAUGCCCAAGAGCACACCAAACCAGGAGCAGGGCGAGGGUGGAGCGAAACCCAUCCAUCCCUGGUAUGGCAUCACGCCCACCAGCAGCCCCAAGAUGAAGAAGCGGCCAGCGCCAAAAGCACCCAGUGCCUCCCCACUAGUUCACCAUCCCAUCUCCAGGCUCUCGCACUCGGAGCCAUCCUCCUCUGCUCCGUCUCCUGCCCUCAGCCUUGAAAGCAUCAACUCCGAGUGUUCAGCCAAGACUGCUGGUGACGCUGAUGAGAGCUCAGUGCCAAAGAGCUCCUCCGAGCCCACGGUCCACACCCCAACUGCUUCCAAGACCUGCAGUGCAGAUGCCCCACUCACCAGUGUCUCUUCCAGUGAGAGUCCCGCUGCCCCCGCCAGCCUCUCCACCAACUCCUCCUUCUCGUCCUCCAGUGAGCUGGCCAGCUACAGCGGGGAAGUGCAGAGUGGGGCCCUGCAGACCAGCAGGAGCUCUUCUGCCAGCAACUUGAAGACCAGCCCCAGCCGACUCCCCCCAAAGCCUCCUGCUGGGGCUAGCCCCACUCCUAUCCUGUUGGCCUCAGAUGUGGGUGCUGGCGCCCUCACGAAUACCCCCUCACCCAAGCCACUGAUGAAGUCUUCCUGCAAAGAAAACCCCUUCAACCGGAAGCUGUCACCGGCUGCUUCCCCCUCAGCCAAGAAGCCCCUGAAGGGAUCCAAGCCAGUGCGCCCUCCUGCACCAGGGCAUGGCUUUCCACUGAUCAAACGCAAGGUGCAGGCAGAUCAGUACAUCCCGGAGGAGGAUAUCUACGGAGAGAUGGAUGCCAUUGAACACCAGCUGGAUGAGCUUGAGCAUCGAGGGGUGGAACUGGAAGAAAAACUCCGCAGCACAGAGAAUGAUAGCCCCGAGGACACACUACUGGUGGACUGGUUCAAACUCAUCCACGAGAAGCACAUGCUGGUGCGCCGUGAGUCUGAGCUCAUCUACAUUUUUAAGCAGCAGAACCUGGAGCAACAUCAAGCAGAUGUGGAGUAUGAACUGCGAUGCCUUCUCAAUAAGCCUGAUAAGGAGUGGACAGAGGAGGACCGUGCAAGGGAGAAGGUGCUGAUGGAAGAGCUGGUGACCAUCAUUGAACAACGUAAUGCCAUUGUCAACUGCUUGGAUGAGGAUCGGCAAAGAGAGGAAGAGGAGGAUAAAAUGUUGGAAGCUAUGAUUAAAAAGAAAGAAUUUCACAAGGAAGCUGAGGCUGAGGGCAAGAAGAAAGGAAAGUUCAAACCCCUGAAGGUGCUCAAGCUGCUUGGCAACAAACAGGAGUCAAAGAGCAAGUCACCCAAGGAAAAGACCUAGAGCAGGAGAAGGCCAGAAGCGAGGGUGGAUCCACUGCUGCCCGUCAGCUUUCCCUGCAGCUGGCCGGAUCCCUGCCAAAGGGGCUGCCACCCCUGAAGCUGUGCCUCCCUGCUCAUCGUCCCCAAGCAGUCCCAACACUGGCUUCCCCCUGUGGGAGCUCAGUCAGUUUUUCAGCCACAGAUGUGGGUCUGCCCAAAUGGGGGAGAGGCAUGGCGGGUCUGAUCAACUGUGCUCCCCUUUCCUCAUACUGUGGGGAGCUGCCCUGAGGGAAAAAGCUACUGUGUUCCCUCCCCUCCACACACAAACCCUUGGUGGGGGGGGAAGAGGAUGAAAAGCUUUAGGAGAUAUGUUACCCUGUUGUGUGUGUCUAUGUAUGCACGAACAGCAAGGAAAGGAUUUGGGGGUUUAUGGGAAACUUGCACUAAUGGCCCUCACCUCUCCCUCUAACUGUGAUAGUCACAUGUGCCUCGUACCCACUGCCUUGGGGCCAGUGGACCUAGCUAUCCCUCCCUGACCUCCAGCUCUUUCCUUUGCUGUCUAAAUUCUCCUAGCCAUGUUGUGUUUGAAGCUCUGGGUGUGUGCACACAGGGUUGUCAUUUAAUUGGCAUAAACUACAAUUCAGGAAACAUUCCUGUGUUACAAGGUCCUAAACAAAUAACCAAAAAAGAAAACAAAAAGUGCCCUGUUCUGAGCUCCCUGCAGCACUGGGGGCAGACACCCCAGGAGCCUCCAGGCUGAUAGGGAUCAAUUCCAGGGCCACAGGCAGCACGUAAAGGGAUGGGACUACUUGAGGUCCACUGGCUGUAGCUGAGUUAUCCCACUCAGGGCAUCUAACCCUCCCUGAUGCUGCUAACUAGACCCACUCUGCUGCCUUUUCUGGGAGGGGAGGCACAUUCCUUACCCAGGGGAGGGAAGAGAAGUACAAGACUAUUCAGCACCAGUGAAAUUAUCUGGUUAGCUGCUCGCUGGGGCCACCCUCAGCCAGUGUGGGAAAUGGGAUAGGGAUCCCUGGGCGUGCGCUGGCUUUGCCUGUAUAUACUUUUAAAGAUUGCAAAGGAAGUUUGGUAGUCUUUCCAAGAUGAAAUCCAACUCCCUUCCCUGCUUUUUAAAACCUUCAUUUGUUUGUGUGUGUGUAGAGUGCUCUUCCCAUCCUCCCUUCUUUCUUCUGCCUUCUCCUCAGAGGAGAGAUGCUAUUUAUUGAAUUGUUUGAUUGGUCUGAGUUAGACAUGGAGUCUUGUGGGUGUCAGUUGGUCAGCUGUUUGUCUUGCCUUCUCCUUAGCAGAGUAGACUACCAGCCCAGAGCAAACUGCUGCAGUCCCGUCUCCAGAUCCUGUGGGCUUCAUCCAAACCAUACUCAUUUCCAGCAGUGUCUUGGCCCAUUGCCGGUGCCUGUUUUUAUAAAGGGAUCCCUGUUUACAAGAACGCUGAGGGAUCUGAGUUCACCAUGGCUCCUGGGGCUGCCACUAUUGGUGGGGGCAGGAUGCUUGGCCCCCUGGCAAUGGAAAGGCACUCCCAUUCUCACCCUGGCAACCCCCAACUGGCUGAGCCAGGAGAAGUGGCUAGAGGGGAGAGCUCACUGCACAUCCCCUCCAAAGCAAAGCAAACUGACAGGCUUUGCAGCCUGCUGUCAAGUCACUGUUGCCAAAGGCCAUUGGGAUUGCUGCAGCCUGACUCCCCCUUCCUCAUUGGUAUUUUGAUUUAUAAAUUAUUACACUGUACUAACUCUGGGAUUUCCAUUCAUCUGCAGAAAAAUAAAAUGUUGGAGUUACGUA